AUGGGUGAUAACCUGGAUAAAAUAUUUUCUAAGAAGGAACAAUUUUUUAAAGAAAUAAUUGAUACGAACUGCAUAUUCGUUAAGGAGCUAAAAAACUGGGUUGGCACAAAUUACAUCAAGAGGUUGAAGCUGAAAAAGGAGUCGCUGAAUCUGACCCCCAAGUUGUUGAUAAACCGGACAAAGUCGAAAGCCAGCCGCUGUCGAGUGUGCGGAUUUGCGAUCGAAAAGAACACUUUACGUAUAGGGUACCCGACGAAAGAUCCCAGGGGAAACUACGGUUUUAUAAGUUGUUGGGUCCACCUGGACUGCAGCAGAAAAAUCCUUUACGCCAUUUUGUAUACGCAAGAAAAUGAGCCACACUUGAAGGCGUACCUAAACAACGAAGAACACAAUGUGUGUGAGGGGGAGUACAAUUUGCAUGAACAGUUCAUAUAUGAAAACAUAAACUGGGAAUUUUUUUUUGGAGGAUUUGACGAACUGGAUGAUGAAGAAAAGGAAAAGUUAAAAGAAACGGCCAAGCCGUGUGAAAUAAAGAAUGGCAUGAAGGGGAGGAACAGUUUUGAAGCGCUGAUGAAUCAGGAGAAAGAAGCAUUCAGCGCAAGCAAUUUGAUUAAACAAGAAAGUCGAGUUAUCGAAAAUAAAUUAAAAAUUCCAAAGGAACUUAAAUUUGAUUUGUUGGAAUAUCAGAAGGAGGGAGUAUCUUGGAUGAUUAACCAAGAGGAGUCCAGCGUUAAGGGGGGUAUCUUGGCCGAUGAAAUGGGCAUGGGAAAAACCAUACAGGCCAUUACGCUAAUUUUGUGUCAGAAAAUUAAUAAAUUAAAGGCAGAAGCGGAGGGGCAUUCCAAACAAGACAACGGGGAAUCGGCAAAAAUGGAGUGCGCAACGGGUAUCCAGGUGAAAGUGAAGGAGGAGUCAGACAAUAGCGUGGUGGUUAUUAACAGCGGGGGAGGGAGUUCAGAAGAUGGAGGAUGUGUUAAGAAGGAGAAGAUUAAGGAGAGAAAAUCCAAGAAGGCUACAACAAGAAAGAGGGGAAGUGGCAAGAAGGAAACCGUUUACAAGGGGAAGCCCAAGAACGAAAAUGCGGAAGAGCUUGCGCAAGGUAAAAAAGACAAGAGCCAAGGACAGACACUGAUCAUUGCGCCCAUUGCAGCGGUAAUGCAAUGGAAAUCAGAGAUAGAAAAAUUCAUAGAAGGAGAUAUCCUAAAAGUGUAUGUAUACCAUGGAAGUGUAAAAAAAGUAUCAUUUGAAGAACUCCAAAAAUACGAUAUCAUUAUUACAUCUUAUGCCAUGGUAGAGGUGCACUUUCGAAAAAUAAUAAACAAGUACAAGGUUCCGUGCGAAUAUUGCGGGAGGUUAUAUCUUCCCAACACGCUGGUGCUUCAUAAGAAGUACUUUUGUGGGCCAGAUGCUGUUAGAACGGAAAAAUUAAAAAAGAGAAAAAAAAAAAACAAAGAUACUGCACUAGUGGCUAUGAAAAAGUUUGACGAUAAUUUUGUGCCGACGCCAAGAAAUGUUCUCCUGGAAAUAAUGAAUGAAAGUAAAAGGGAUAGUAAGGGGGGUAAAAGUGAAGAGGCCCAUUCGGCAAAGGGGAAGAAGAAAAGGGGAAAACCCAAAAAGGAGGAAAACCCUAUCACCUACAGAAGCGGAAGAACAGGAAGCGAUGCCAUUAUUGUGAGCUCGGGGGAGGAUCACCAAGAAAGCGAGAGCAGUUCCGUGUCGAACAAGCCGGUGUAUUCCCCCCUGACGAGGAAAACGUCAAGUAGAGUAAUAGACCUGUGCAACUUAGGAUUUGAAAAAGAUAUAAUUGACAAGAGGAUCAGCAGCACGCAUAAGGGAAAAGGAAAGAAUAAAAAAAACAUAAAGUGGAAUGAUGUCAUUAGGGAUAUAUUGCAAAACCAUGAGUACACUGUCGAUAUGAAUAAUCGUUGUAAGGAUGUGUUGAAGGAUAUUUAUUUAAGUGAUAAGAUGAUAGAAGAGGAGGAAUUGAGGAGAUUAAACAUGGGAGAACUAAAAGUUCUGCUGAUAACAAUGGGUAAGCAUAUUUUUGGAACGAAGGUUGAACUUAUCAAUAGGGUUUUAGUUUCUUCCAGGUAUAUAAGACAAGAGCUGAUGUUAACCAAGGGGGAUGCGCAAAGCGAGGUGAUGUACAAGGCGGAGGACACAGAGAAAGGGGUGCUCAGUAAUAUGAGCAGCACCGCUUCGAGCGCAGCAGGAAUGGGGAUGACGCAUGGUGGUAAUAAUGGUGGUGAUUCAACUGCUUCUUUUGGUGGUGGUUUUGGAGAUCCUCCUGAUGAUGAAGAUUAUCGUGGCGAGGAGAACGGAACGGUGAAUCGGAGGAAAAGUGGCAGAGUACGACGGGGAGGGGCGAAGGGUAAGAACAACGUCAGGAGAAAAACGACGGGAGGGAAUUCCUGCACAUUGAGAAAAAGCAAGAGGAGAAACAGUUCAAGCGCCAAGGUAAAGUUGAAACGGAGAAGAAGAAGCAAUAGUAGUGUAGUCGACGGAAGUAUUAGCCCAAGCGACAGUGAUGAAUCGUUUAGGAUAGAUGAACUUGGGAGCGAUGUAGAAAAAUCCUCCUCCUUCUCCUCUUGGGAGAGCAAUACAAAGAAGGAAGACACAAGUGAUGCGUCCGACUCGGCUGAAUCGUACGGUUCGAUAAUUGUUGAAAAGGCGAAAAAGAAAAGAAACAAUAAGAAGAGCGGCGAAACUAGCAUUUUUGACGAGAGUGCUUUGCACCAAAUAGAGUGGAACAGGAUAAUUCUAGACGAAGCACACAGAAUAAAAAAUCGGAACACAUCAACGACUCAAUCAAUUUUCAAUUUAAAGUGUUCAGGCUACCGUUGGUGUUUGACUGGAACACCAUUACAGAACAGAAUAGGGGAAUUAUAUAGUUUGAUUAGGUUUCUUGAGUUCUACCCUUACGCAUAUUAUUUCUGUUCGAAGAAGGAUUGUAAAUGUAUGCUACUAAAUUACGAAAUGAAGGACAAUAAGUUUUGUUUUCUUUGUGACCACUCCAGAAUUAACCAUUUCAAUUAUUUCAACAAAAGGAUACUCAGACCGAUACAACUGUUUGGUUACAACGGGGAGGGAGUAACCAGUAUGUGUUAUUUAAAGAGUGAAGUGCUGGACAAAAUACUAUUAAGGAGAACUAAAGGAGAACGAAAGAAGGAUAUUAAAUUGAAUCCAUUACAUAUUACAAUUAGAAAGGAUAAAUUAUCAAAUGAGGAGAAGGAUUUUUAUGAAUCCCUUUACAAACAAACAUCUACCCAGUUUGAUACUUAUGUCAAGUCCAAUACUGUUUUGCACAACUAUGCUCAUAUCUUUGAUUUACUGAGCCGAUUAAGACAAGCUGCUGAUCACCCCUACUUGAUUCUUUUUGGAAAUUCCUUCCUUAGUGACCCCUCGGGGAAAUUCAUAAAAAAGAAUUCGUCCAUCAUCCCUGCCAUUUCAAAUGACUUCGUCUGUGGUAUCUGUUUGGAGAAUGUCCCGAAGAAGAUGAACAUCAGUAGCAAGUGUAACCACAAUUUCCACAAGCCAUGUUUGAAGCAGUAUAUUGAGAGUUUCCAGGUGGGGGGCACAUGUGGUGGUAAUGCUGUUGAUGGUGAUGGUGGUGGUGAUGAUGAUGAUGAUGAUGUGUUCAGUUGUGGGCCUUCCGGUGGCAGGGUAAGGAAGGCACACACCUACCAUUUGGGGGAGGAGUCAGACCAAAACGGAGGGAGUCUCUACGACAGAAACGAAAUCGUAUUCAAUGAAGAGCCAUCUAUGUGUGACACCGCCAACGAAGCAGAUGGAAAGAAACUAAAUAAGAAAGCCAAGUCCAUUUCAGUAGUUAAAUUUAAGGAUAAAGAAAAGAAAAAGUUCGUUAGUCUGUCAAGUAAAGAAGAAACGUCAGUGCAGGAUUUACCUCUCGGUUGUCCAGUAUGUUAUGUACCCUUAACUGUAGAUUUUAAUUUGCUGAAUCAAGUGGAAGAACAGGAUGAAGAAGAAAUGAUCGUAUGCAAGGAGGAAACUACUUAUAUUAACAAAAGCUUUAUUAACCGAAUUAAUACAAACGAAUAUCGAUCGAGUACCAAGAUAGAAGCAGUUUUUGAGGAAGUAAAAAAUGUGAUUCAUACCACAGAUGAUAAAUGCCUAAUAUUUUCACAGUAUUGUUCUAUGCUAGAUUUAAUUGAAUACCAUUUGAAGAAACACAACAUCAUUUGUUCGAAGUUGUUAGGUUACAUGCCCAUGGUAUCUAGGAAUAAUAUUCUCUACAAUUUUAACGAAGACAAACAUUUACGAGUUUUGCUGAUCAGUUUGAAGGCUGGUGGAGAGGGGCUAAAUUUACAGGUGGCCAAUCGUAUCUUCAUCGUAGAUCCGUGGUGGAACCCCGCCGCAGAGUUACAGGCAAUUCAGAGAGCCCACCGGAUUGGACAGACGAAAACAGUGUACGCCACGCGAUUCAUCAUAGAGAACACCGUUGAGGAGAAAAUCGUGCAGUUGCAGAAUAAGAAACAACUUGUGUUUGACUGCACCAUUGGGGAUUCGGGAAAUGCCAUGCAGAAGUUGACCAAGGAAGACUUGGCUUUUCUCUUCCACGCGUAG